AGCGAAUCCUCAGUGUAUUUAAAAAUGGAGUCAGUGAAAAAGUGAAAAGUUGUUGUGUAUGUUAUCGCUGAUUUUCCAGUUAAUUGCGGGUCUGAUACUGUUGCUAUUCUGUGUACACUACAUUUACUACAUCGUCGUUGUCAUCGUGUCCGAUGAUAUGCAGUCCGAGGAUGCUAAAUACAUAAAAAAACGCUGGAAAGGUGGCAGCAUUGAGCCCCAUCCCACGGAGAAGGCCAUCAUUGUUCACUACAAGCUCGAAGCUGCAGUCUUUGGGGAGCCCGGAGACCCUAUGCUGGAGGACAAAAAGGAUUGUCAGCGUGUAAUUCGUCUUAAGAAUCUCAGCGCCAAGACAGAUCCGGCCAUUCUUGCGCGUGAAGUGGUGGAGAAGUGUGAUCUCAUCCACAAUUCGCAACUCUCGGACGUGGAGCAGAUCAUCUACUACCUGAAGAAUCGACGAGAUCUCAGCAGUGAUAUGGAUACCCAGAGAGCACAGUCCCGGACAUCAGCCAUGGAGAAGGCUUCAGUCCACAUGGCUACAACGGGGGAACUGGAAAAGGCAUCAAUUCGCGUAAUUGAUACGUACGUUGAGUUGCUGUACGAUGAACUUCCGGACAAAAUUCGUGGAUCUGCUUUAAUUCUGCAGCUGGCACGCAAUCCGGACAAUUUGGAGGAGUUGGAAAAGAAUGAAGCUGUUCUCUGUGCCCUCUCGCGUGUCCUUCGCGAGGAUUGGCGCAAGAGUCUCGAUCUCUCCACAAAUAUCGUCUACAUUUUCUUCUGUUUCUCCACCUACACGCACUUCCACCCAGUUAUUGUAAAUCACAAAAUUGGCUCUCUCUGUAUGGAUGUCAUUGACUACGAACUAAAGCGGUAUGAGCAGAUGAAGAAUGAUUUGGAGAUGCGAAAGAAUCCCGAUGGGAAGUCGGAGAAGCCCAUUGUAGCGCAACAGAGCACCGAAUCGGCGGAUGGGCUUGAUUUGAUGAAUGAGGAGCGCCCGAAAGAUAUGGAACCACCACGAAGGAGGAUCCCGGAGCUGAAGCAACGUCCAAAGUCGGGAAAUUGGUCCAGCUUCCAUGGAUCGAUGUCUUCGGUGAAUCCUCUCGUGAAAUCGCGCGCAAUGAACAACAGCUACCACGAAUUCCUCUCGAAUGAGGUUGAAUGCGGCGUGAAGGCGGAGAAGGAUGCAAAGACGGCAAAGGAGGAGCUGGAGAAGCUCAAUAAGCAAUUGCGAAUAUUUGCAAAGAAGCAGGAACAGCUGCUACGUGUUGCCUUCUACCUCCUCCUGAAUAUUGCUGAGAAUGUGAAGCUGGAGGAGAAGAUGCGCAAGAAGAUGAUUAUUCGGAUGCUAGUGAAGGUGCUGGAGCGCCAAAAUAUUGAUCUCCUCAUCCUCGUGGUGACAUUCCUCAAGAAGUUAUCAAUAGUCAAGGAUAACAAGGAUGAAAUGUACGAGCUGAAUGUUGUGGAGAAACUCCCGCGAUUGCUGCAGAGUACUCAUCCGGAUCUCAUUCAAGUCACCCUCAAGCUCAUCUUCAAUCUUUCCUUUGACGGUGCACUGCGUGGGAAGAUGAUUCGUGUGGGCUUCCUGCCCAAACUUGUUACCUUCCUGAGUGAUGACAAACAUCAUGAUAUUGUUCUCAAGAUUCUCUAUCACAUGAGCAUGGAUGAUAAGGUGAAAUCAAUGUUUACGUACACGGAAUGCGUACCAUUGAUCACGGAUAUGCUUCUGCUGAAUCUCAACCAGAAGUCCGAUAUGGAUUUAAUAGCAUUGGCAAUAAAUCUUGCCCUAAAUAAGCGCAAUGCUCAGAUUAUGAUUGAAAAUAAUCGUCUGCACAAUCUCAUGGCGCGUGCCUUCAAAUACCAGGAUGCAUUGCUCAUGAAGAUGAUUCGCAAUAUAUCCCACCAUGAGAAUUUGCGCAUUUAUUUUGUGGAUUUUGUCGGUGAUCUCGCCAAGAUACUCACGGAGUGCGAAGAGGAGGCCUUUGUGGUGGAAUGUUUGGGUAUUUUGGGCAAUCUUGCCCUACCGGAUUUGGAUUAUUCGCAAAUACUGCACAACUUUAAUCUAAUUCAGUGGAUACGACAGGUGUUGGUGCCGGGAAAGAUGCAGGAUGACAUUGUGCUGGACUCCAUUGUCUUCCUUGGGACGUGUGCUUGUGAUGAAUCGUGCGCAAUGCUCCUGUGCAAGGCAGAUGUGAUUCUAUCGCUAAUUGAAUUACUAAAGGCAAAGCAGGAGGAUGAUGAGAUUGUGCUGCAGAUUGUCUUUGUAUUCCAGCAAAUUUUGCGGAAUGAAAGUACGAGGAAUUACAUGAUACGCGAAACGGAAUCUCCGGCAUAUCUUAUUGAUUUGAUGCAUGACAAGAAUACGGAGAUCCGGAAGGUCUGUGACUACUGCCUGGACAUUAUUGCCUUCAGUGAUUCAGAUUGGGCGUCGAGAAUUAAGUUGGAAAAGUUCCGGAAUCACAAUGCCCAGUGGCUGACAAUGGUGGAGACGCAGCAGGAGAAUGAGGAUAGUCAGGAAUUUGGGAAUGUGGACGAUGUGGAUUUGCAGUCAUUCAUCCCAUCGGAAUAUCUCGAUCAGUGUCGCCUCUAUCAAUCGGGAGAGUCAAAUGAUGAUUCUGAGAAUAACUACCGCACCACGUCGGCUCUCUCCAACAAUAGUCGCCCCCUGAGUGGGCAAGAGGAGGAUUUCGAUGCCCUCAAGGGGAGCAAAGAGGAUGACCCGAAAUUCCCGCAAGAUCCAAAGGAAUUGGAGCUUGUCGAUGGUGAGGAGGAGCCGCUGCUGCUUGCCUAAGAUGCCGCCUGGAUAGUACAGCGCAAUUUAAUUCACUUUCUAGUCCUUGUGUUGUGAUACAAAUUGAUUAAUUUUGUCGAUAAUUUAGUUUUGUAUUAUUUUUUCGUGCUAAGUUACCAUUUUUUUUUUGUUAAAAUCACAGAUUUCUAACUUUAUUUUUUUUUGUUAAUUUAUGUUUAUUAAAAACAAAAAUUGUAAUACAAAAUAAAGCUCUAUAAUGGCUCGGUGAGCGGAUUUCGCUUAAAA